GCGCGCGGAUUGAGUCAAGUGAACCUACCGAGAGGUGGUGUUGACCAACCGCAGCAGGUUUUCAGUAAGAAACCUGAAGAAAUCAACUUCUUAAGGCAACUGACAGUGACGCCAAGACCUCUAUUUCUAACGGAAGGGUCGGCGGUGCCGGAGUUAAGGCGACGCGACAGAGAGAAGAAAGUAAACCUCGGAGGGAAAUCGCCCGAAGUGAGCUGGAGGAUCAAAGCUAGCUAAUGCUAAGUUAGCCAGCUAUUGCUACAUAAUUAUACGGAAACUCGUGUCAUUUCAUAAGUAUAUUGCUUUGACAUAACGACUGCGGUUACAGAGUAGAUAGUCAGGUGAAAUUAGUUAACUUAUAUGUCACCUUUAAUUUAAAUAGCGAGGUGUUUUGCCUUUACAUUUUAGGCCACAAGCGACUGGUAUUCAGUUAGCAAGAGUAACGUUAGCUACAAUAGCCGGUCUUACUAAGGCUACACCGGCUCUGCGCUCCUCAGGACAGGUGAUAUUGCUAAAGAUAGUUUGCUUCAAAGCAACUUCACAUCGAGAGUUAUCAGUGUUUAUAAAUUAGAUUACACUUGGUUGUGUCUAAGCCUUGUGCUUCGCAAUGCUGAAACAACAGCAGCAACCCGGCUCAGGAGGGAGGAAAGCGUCUAACGGAACCUCGGGCCCCGCCGGUAUGUCUUCCCCAGUCAGCGGCAUCAACAGUGGCAACAGGACACCGGCCGGGAGGAAUCGAACUUCUGCAAAGCCAUCAUUCCAGUCAUCUCCCGUGUUCGAGGGUGUGUACAACAAUGCCAGAAUGCUUCAUUUCCUUACAGCUGUUGUGGGUUCCACCUGUGACAUAAGAGUGAAGAAUGGCAGUGUAUUUGAAGGCAUAUUCAAGACUCUCAGUUCUCGGUGUGAGUUGGCUGUGGAUGCUGUACACAAACGCAGUGAGGAGGAGAGCUCAACAUCACCUCUGCCACGGAGGGAGGAGAUCACUGAUACUAUGAUAUUCAGCCCCUCAGACCUGGUGACUAUGAUCUGCAGAGAUGUUGACCUCAACUAUGCCACCAGAGACACCUUCACAGACACAGCCAUCAGCUCCACUCGCGUCAAUGGAGAACACAAAGAGAAGGUUUUGCAGAGAUGGGAGGGAGGAGACAGCAAUGGAGAGAGUUACGAUCUGGAAAAUGAUGCAUCCAAUGGGUGGGAUGCCAAUGAGAUGUUCCGUUUCAAUGAAGUAAAAUAUGGAGUCACGUCAACAUAUGAUUCCAGCCUUUCCAUGUAUACUGUGCCACUGGAGAAGGGCAACUCUGACAUGUAUCGGCAGAGGGAGGCACGCGCCGCUCGCCUGGCCAGUGAGAUUGAGUCCAGCCCCCAGUAUCGCCAUCGUGUGGGCCUUGAAAAUGAUGAGGGCAAAAGCGAGGAGGACAAAUACAGUGCUGUGGUGCGGGAUGGCAACGAUCGUGAGAGGGGCCGUGAGAGCCCCCGUGACAGAGAGCGCGAAAGGGGCCGAGACAGUCCUGGAGCCAGCACCAGGGAGGGCAAGUACAUUCCAUUACCUCAACGUCAGAGAGAGAUGAACCGGGAGCGAGCUGAGAGAGGUCCUGGGGGACCUCCACCCCACAACCGUCUAAGUGGAGGUUAUCGCUCCAACCCUCCAUCCUCCUCCUCCCCCAGACCCCCACUGCCCUCUGCCACUGGUCCCCAGUCUGGCGUCUCGCCCUCAGAAAGAAACAGCCCUCUGUCAGGCAGAGGUGGGGCCUACACUUCCCACCACCCCCAGGGAAGCCCAAGCCCAGGGCCGAACUCUGGCCCUGCGAGCCCGUACACACCUGCAUCUCCAGGGGGACCAGCACCCACGCCAGCCUCUGCUUCCGCUGCCCCAUCCCCAGUCAGCCCCCCUGCUCCACACGGACACACAGUCCCUCAUUCUCACUCACUCCCACACUCACUGUCUGAAGCUGGCAGGCCUGUUAAUGGAGUCUCUAUCAGAACAUCUCCCAAGAGCCAAAGACCUCCACAGUCGAGCAGAACUGUCCGUACUUUAAACUCACACACUCAGUCUACAGCUACUCGCUCUCCUAAAUCUGGUUCUUCCCAGGACACACCUUAUUUGGACACAUCGUCUGUAUCCCUGCCUGCCCAGAAGACGUCUGGCCCCGCCCCUCUCUUCCCUGUCGAUGUGAAUGAGAUCCUUGUCGCAGCUGCAAAAGAACGCUCAGCAGAGAGCCCCAGCUGCACAGAGGACGGCAAGAGUAGUAAAGUUCCCUCGGUUCAGCAAAGGUUGCAGAUUGAGUCAGAGCUGCGGAAAUUUCGAGAUGAAUUCAGACUCCAGCCGAGUGGAGGCAGCUCUAGCUCUUCCAACUCCCCAGCAGCAGCAACCCCACCUGCCAUCAGUGAGGUCGCUGGUGCAACCAAACCCUCGCCAUCAGACACUCACCCUGCAUCAGAGCCCAAAGCUCAGACUCCAGCUCCCAGUCCUUCCCACCCCCAACCUCAGCCUUCACCAACCCCUUCUAAGGACACCACCAAGGACACCACAACUACACCUGGUGCCACAACAAGCGCCACAACAGCACCCGUUUCAGACAGGCAUUCACCAGCCACCCCGCAGCCAGCCAGGACCCCGGGAAGUGACGAUGCCAGGUCUGAGUCAACGGAGCGGACAGAGGGCGUGGCAGACCAAGUAAAGAAAUCAACCUUAAACCCCAACGCUAAAGAGUUCAACCCUAUCAAACCUCAAAUGCCUAUGACGAAGCCCAACACUGCGCCCACCCCACCUCGGCCAACUCCUCCAAGCCCCGUGGUCCUUCAGCACCCAGGCGGACAGGGACCACUGUACAACACCCCCUACCUCUCCUAUGUAUCACAGAUCCAUCCUGUGCAGCCCCCGCCAAUGUACCAGUACACCAUGUCUACAGUCAGCCAGGGAAAAUACCCCAGGACCAAAGGCUCAAUAGUGGGUCAGCGCUCUGACCAUGGUACCUCGGCACCGCCCAUGCUGCAAGCAGCAGCGUCAGCAGCUGGGGCCCCGCUGGUAGCAUCCCCCUACCCUCAGUCCUACCUUCAGUACAACCCACAGCAGUAUGGCCAGCAGCAGGUCAUCCAGGCCAUGACACCCUAUCCUGGACAGCCUAUGUACUCCAUGCUGCAAGGUGGAGCCAGGAUGAUAGGUCAAGGUGGGGGUCCACACCCACAAGCCUUGGGACCCCCAGGAGGCCCCCAGUUCUCUGCACAGGGAGACGGAUCUCAGGGACCACAGCAGGGCAUCUACGCGCCACAGUCCUUCUCCCACCACUCGGGUGCAGUUCAUCAGCCGCAGCCCUCCAGUACUCCGACAGGCAACCAGCCCCCUCCCCAGCAUGGUGCACCUAGCCCUGGACAGAACACCCAGUCAGGCCCACAGCCCCAGUCCUUGUACCACUCAGGUCCCCUGUCAGCACCCACCCCACCCAACAUGCCGCCGGGCCACACGUCUCCACAAGGAUCUUACCCCAUUCAGGGCUACAGCAUCCACAGCCACCAGGGCAUCCCACAAACAUAUCCCCUGGGACAGAUAGCACAGGCCCAUGUACAGGGAGCCAUGUCGGGUCCCCACCACUCGGGGAGCCACGGUCAGCCCCAGUUAGUGAUGUUGCAGCCGCCUCCUCAGCAGGGCCCCGGCUCAGUGCCCCAGCACCCCCAGCAUGGACCACAGCAAGGAGCACACCAACACUUUUACAUAGGACAUCCACAAGCAAUGCAGGUACAAACGCACCCUGCUCCCUUCCAUCAGCCUGGAAACUAAACCUCAUCUGCCCUCCUCCCCACUUCCCAAACUGUUCUUAGGAAUGAGCCCCAACAUCCACACUGCCUGCUGGAUGCGAGGCCCAGACUGAAUGCGACUCAUAAACAAACUGACAGGACCGUACAGAGGAGAGAAGAGGACAAAAAGUCUCACAGCAUAUUAUUCUAUUGCUGCAACGGUCUUCAUGUGUACAAACCUCGUUGUCAGCCCCAGACGAGGAGGACGUUUUUAAUGCUAAUGAUGAAGGUGGCAGACGACAGCAGCAGCACCAAACCCCGGCUGCCAUCCUGCUCUUCUCUCCAACUUCUUCCCAUUUCAGAGACAUAAGGCACCUUGCUGAGCAGUCGGAGAGGAAAAAACACGGAUGAAACACAGCAGCAGACACUUUAUCUUCCAGCAGUGUAUUUUUAGCCUCGUGGGGUUUUGUAGGUACCAUGACACAAAUGGGAAAAAGACUGUCACGGGAUUCUUGUGAAUACAGCAUGAAAGGAUGGAUUUUAAGAGGGGAUUUUUAGCAAAUCAUUUUCCUUUUUUUAACUCGAUCCAUUAGUUAAAACCACCCCUUUGCUUCUUCUCUCCUGUAGGAAAAUAUAAUUAAUAAAAAAUAGACAAGACAAAAAAAAAUAUUAAAACAACAAUGACCAAAAAAAUAAAGUUUCCAACUCAACUUCUAAGCUUUGUUUAAUUUAUUGCAUCAUUAAUUGUGCUGUAUGACUAUUAGUUACAGUUUUGCUCUGCACUGCAUGAAGUGACAGUAUCAGCUAUAAUGAGACAGAAUUGAUUAUUUAUUAGACAAUAACAAGAGCACAUUUAAUUUGAAGCUUGAUAAGCAUUUGCGAUUAUGUCAGGCUGACAAAACAAAGUAAUUACCUCCUAGGGGACUUUUUGUAUUCUCUACACAUUAGCUUGGAUUUGUUCCACUCAGUGCAAUUUUGCAUGUUAAUUUAAAAUGGUCAAUAGGGGGAACCCUCUUUAUACACCAGUCUCGUGAGGCACAUGGUCCUUGUGGCAGAAAUGACUGUUUGGGUUAGUGGGGCACUCUGCUUCCCCUUCAGGCAAGUCUUUUUUUUAUUAUUUUGUUUUAUUAAGCACAUAACAGGUAUACAGCCACAAGUGUAUACAAUACAAUACAAAGAGGCCAGGGAGAUACAAUAAUAAAAAGAAAAAACAACUCAAUUUACAUAAAGCAUUUGAAAAGUACAAAUAGUGUGUGUGUUCUAACAACCUUCUUAUUACUGCAACAGGAUAUAGUAGAUAUAUAGGCAAGGUAAGGCAGCUUUAUUUGUAUA